AUGUCGUCACCAGAGGACGACCAGGAAUCACCGUCGCAGUUGUCCGUCGCCGACCGGGCGAAACGGAAAAAGAAGCAGAGGGCCUGCGAUUACUGCAGGCGGAAGAAAAUUCGUUGCGAUGGAGCAGAGAUGCCCGAGCAUCGGUGUUCAAGGUGCAUCUUGCAGGGGAUUGAGUGCGCGUACGAGCCUAUCAACACACGGCCUAUCAGCAAGGGUUAUGUGCAAUUACUGGAGAACCGAUUGCAGAACAUGGAGAAGCUGUUUGCACAGCUUCAUCCCAACCUGUCCAUCCCCAAAGACUUCGACAGCGUGCUAGAGGCCAAUCGCCUCGGGGCGCAGGCGGAGGCACCGCCAGCCACUUCGGCCAUCUCCCCUUCCCGUCCAUCUGCCUACUCGAGUCCCAGCGACUUGAUUACACGGCCACCCGAGCCAGAUGCCUCUGUCGACUCCGACGAACUUGAUCCAAGUGACGAUGAGCGGCAAGUCAAGGUCAAAAUACUUCGCCAGUUCAGUCAUGAACUCGAAAUGCCACCCGGAGGUGUCGUCAAUCGGUACCACGGCAAAUCGAGCAACCUCAUGUUCCUCCAGGCUGUGAUGGAGCUGAAGGACAAAGUGACGGGAAUGAGCCUCGAAGAUGCGCCGUCAGAGGGGCAUAAUCGGUUAACGGAACAGCUGGAUUUUCCCGAGUCGGAAAAUCCUCCCUUCCAUAACAUAUCAAAUAUCCCACCCGAAUUGUCCAGGCAGGAAGCGUCGAAAACAAAUGCACCGCAUUCGGACUUUCCACCACGCGACCUGAUCAACCAGCUUGCUGAUGCUUACUGGGAUAAGGUCGACAUGUACCUACCCCUCCUGCAUCGCCCCACAUUCCACAGACACCUUGACGAGGGCAAGCACCUCACGGACCAUGGCUUUGGCUCCGUCGUCCUUCUUGUCUGCGCUAUCGGUGCCAAUUGGGUAGACGACCCCCGGAUGGUGGUCGGACCCAAGGACCCUGGCCGGCACUGGUUUGAGUACGUGGACCACGCUUGGCGGUCGGUGUUCGAUCAGCCGAAGCUCGAAGACCUGCAGGUGUGCGUGCUCACCGCUUCAUACCUCUUCCGCUCGAACGCGGCUCAGGCCGCCUGGAACACUGUUGGGUUCGGGAUAAGGAUGGCACAGGACGUAGGUUGUCAUCGUAAGAAGAUGUACGAGUCGGGGCCGAGGGUCGAUAACGAGUUGUGGAAGCGCGCGUUCUGGGCUUUGCUCGCACUGGAUAGCAUGGGAAGUCUCGGGCUGGGUCGCCCUGCGGCCAUUCACGACGAGGACUUCGACACUGAACCUCUGCUCGAAGUGGACGACGAGUACUGGCUCAACGACGACCCGGAUUUGUGUUUCAAGCAACCAGAGGGGAAACCGUCCAGGGUUACAUUUAUGAACUGCUUAGCGAGACUGCAGAAGAUUCUUGCGUUUGCAUCUCGGACUAUCUACUCUAUCAACAAGUCGAAGCUCAGUCUUGGUUAUGUCGGGCCAAAUUGGGAACAUCGAAUCGUGGCAGGUCUGGACUCCGCCUUAAAUAAAUGGAUCGAUACAAUCCCAGAGCAUCUCAAAUGGGAGAACCAGUCCUCGGCAGACGAUCUCUUCAUGGGUCAAUCGUCGACACUGUACUCUCACUACUACUUCGCUCAGAUUUGCGUCCACCGACCGUUCAUCCCAUCACCGAAUAAGCCAUCCCGUCUCCCGUUCCCUUCACUCACCAUCUGCACGAAUGCCGCACGUUCCUGCAUCCACGUACUCGAUAUGUAUUAUCAGCGCACAGGACGCGCACUAACAAUGCAGCGGCUGCCGCUGUUCACCGUUGGACUAGUUCUUCUUCUCAAUAUGUGGGGCAGCAAGAAAGCAGGAAUUCCAUUCGAUUCCAACAUGGACGAUGUGCAUAAGUGUGUGGCCAUGCUAAAGUCGCUUCAGGGGCGCUCCAAAGUUACCAGUGCGUUCGUGAAUAUUCUGGACACUAUGUUAUCAAUCGGUGGUUUCACCAUGCCUGAGUCGUCUCAACCGGCUCCAACCUCUGGAUCGAGCAACCUGUCCAACGAUGUACUACAGUCAUCCUUUUUCCACAACACAGGUCAACACGGCCCGAACACGCCCUCAACUUCGGACCAAUCGUCACCAUCUGCCAGCGAGGUCGCGAACCCGACCCCAUCUCCCAACACGUUCUCGCUCCCUAUACAUACCGCCGAUCUCGGGUGCCCAAGCGUCUGUCCCACCUACGCUACAGCACCCCAACAUCCAGAGAUGGAGGCCGACUUCAUCCAGCCACUGAUGGAGGAAGCCAGUACCCGCGACUUCGCCCCCGCGACCCCAUCACAGGGGCAUUCGAACCAUGGGAUACCCCCGCUCGGCUCUGCGCCCCCGCGCAGGCGCGUCGCGCCGUAUGAUCCCACGUGGCCGACGCCCGAGCAAGUCUCGCUGUACCGCGAUCUGCUCGCCGCGCUCAACGCCAUGCCGGCCACCAUCGGCGGGAAUCUCGGUGGCGACGGGAUCGGUACCGGCAGCGCGUUCGGCGGCACAGGGUUCGGGGGUGAAGCCUUCGGUGGGGACUUUGGGAUGGGAGGCAUGCACGAAGGCAUGGCGGGCGUCGCGUGGCCCGCGCACGAGGGCACGCCGCCGAGCCUGGACGCGGACGUGGCGAUGAUGAGCGCGGAGGGGUUCGCGUUCCCGGACGCGACAAUGGACGCGUGGAACGCCGCGCCGGCGUCGUUCGUGUGGAACGACUGGGGCACGUACCUCGGGACGUUGGCUGGGGCGCAGCAGUUGCAACAGCAACAGCAACAGCAGCAGCAACAGCAGCAACAGCAGCAACAGCAGCAACAGCAACAGCAGCAGCAACAGCAGCAACAACAACAACUGCAAAUGCUACAGCAACAGCAACAGCAACAGCAACAGCAACAGCAACAGCAAGGGUUCGUGCAGCCGCCAUUCAGCGCGAGGAUGUGGUUUUAA